UGUGUAUGCACAGUGAUACAUAAAUACACUCUUUAGAAAGUGAGCAUUUUUAUCGCUGCCAGUCUGGACCAAAGUCAUUGAAAAACUGCGGAGUUCAUGGUACAUUUUUUUUUUUUCUUUAAGAGGCCGUCCGGGCCUUCAAGCCACAUGACAUGAGCUUAAUUCUUUUUGAAAAACAUGAAAAUGGAAUCUUAUCUUUUAAACGGCUGCUUAUCGUGGGUUUUUUUUUUUCCACUAAUGAAAUUCAUAUAUGGAUGAAACCAAUUUGCAAAGUUAAAUGAGGGAUUUAGGCACUUAGGGGUGGACUAAGAGACCCCGAGUGAGCUAAGCAUUCUUUCUGAGCCGCUGUUCUCUCCACUGGCAGAUGAAUGAUAGUAGUGCUUAAAUGAUUUUAAAAUGACUACUCAGGGUUGUUGGAAGAGUCAAUGCAAAAAUGGUUGCAAAAUACCUCACACGUUGUUGGUGCACAGCAGUGGUGGGCUGUUACCAUCGACAAGAUGGUUUUCAUGGUCUUCCUUAGUCCUGACAUUCAGUGGCUCACCUUGCACUUUUACUUUACGUUUUACUCACCAUUGUGAGGUGGCCUUGGGGCUAGGUAUUGAACUUGGAUAUAGGGGAGGAGGUGUCUUUCCAGCCUAAAGAAGAGCAUGAACCAAGACAGAGGCUCUGUGUCCUGUUUUGUUGGAGGGUGUAUCAAGGAGGUUCAGGUCGUGGGGAACUCUGGAGGUCAUAUUUAGGGAUGUCAUCUUGUCCUGUGCAAUGGGGAAACAUUGAAGAAGCUUGAGCAUGGCCAUGACAUAGUUACGGUCAGGAAGCAAACUGGUGGAUGUGGGUAAAAGGCACAGAAGGCCAGGAGACCAAUUUGGAAGCUGCCACCGUGUCCAGGAAAGAGAUAUUGUGGGCCUUCACUUUUUGCUUCAGGCUUAUGAGGGCCUUUCCUGGCAGGUGAUGGAAUCCAUUUUCCAUGACCUUUAAGAGAAUGGCAUCUGAGCUGGACAUUGAUAAACUAGCAGCAGCUGCAAGAGUGCCUCGGUGCCCCUGAUGCCCUUGGGCUCUGCUCCAGGUCUGUAGGCAGGAGGGCCCAGCUCAGCUCUGCUCAGUCUUGUCACAGACUCUUUGAACAGUGAAAGGAAAGCACUGGAAAUGGCAUUCACUAAGCAGCUACUAUGUGCGAACACUGUACUAGGAGUUUUAUGUGCUUUGUUUCCUAUUCCCCUUUCGUCAUCACCACAGUUCAUUUGUGGGGAAACUGAGGCUCAGGAAGAUGGAGAGAGAAGCAGAAGUCACAUUGCUAGGAAGUGGUGGAUCUGGGGUUCAAAUUCAGGUUGUCUGAUUCCAGAGUCUUCAGAAUUCCAAGCCACAAAGUCUUGGGAUGAGCUUCUCAAAGGGGAAAUGAUUGACUUAAGAGAGGAAGGCACUUGGAGGCAUCCUGAGACAUCAUUAGAUUUGGGGCUUUGUUAGUAAUAAUUACAAAUCGGGCUUUGAUUUUUAGCAGGAUGUUGUAGAGCAGUGGAAAAGCUCCUGCCCUGCCACUUCCACCGCCUCCCUCUGUGCUCUUGGACAAGACAAGAGGAUCACACCACACCCUUCUUAGUGGCGACUAAAGGAGGGAAGGGGGUGCAUGUAGAGAAGGCUCUCUGUAGGCUGUAGAUCAAAUGCAAGGAAUUAACAUUGCCGUCGAUGUUGUUAUCUGGGGUGGUCUUUGCUGUAGGUCAUUCUUCUUUGGCCUCCUCGCACUGAUGUUUUUCCCUCUCUCUUGUUUUUUUCUGGUAUAUGCGAUGAUGGUUCCGUCUGGACCAGCGGGCCUGCCCUUCAUCAUCAUCGAGACAAGCACCAUCAAGCCUUACCACCGGGGGUUUUACUGCAAUGACGAGAGCAUCAAGUACCCGCUGAAAACCGGUGAGACAAUCAAUGAUGCUGUGCUCUGCGCCGUGGGGAUUGUCAUCGCCAUCCUCGCGAUCAUCACAGGGGAAUUCUACCGCAUCUAUUACCUGAAGGAGAAGUCCUGGUCCACGAUUCAGAAUCCCUAUGUGGCAGCCCUCUAUAAGCAAGUGGGCUGCUUCCUCUUUGGCUGUGCCGUCAGCCAGUCCUUCACAGACAUUGCCAAAGUCUCCAUAGGGCGCCUGCGUCCUCACUUCUUGAGCGUCUGCAACCCUGAUUUCAGUCAAAUCAACUGCUCCGAGGGCUACAUUCAAAACUACAAAUGCAGAGGCGACGACGGCAAAGUCCAGGAAGCCAGGAGGUCCUUCUUCUCUGGCCACGCCUCCUUCUCCAUGUACACCAUGCUGUAUUUGGUGCUGUACCUGCAGGCCCGCUUCACUUGGCGAGGGGCCCGCCUGCUCCGGCCCCUCCUGCAGUUCACCCUGAUCAUGAUGGCCUUUUACACAGGACUGUCCCGCGUGUCUGACCACAAGCACCAUCCCAGUGAUGUCCUGGCGGGGUUUGCUCAAGGAGCCCUGGUGGCCUGCUGCAUAAUUCUGCAACAGUGUCCGGACCGGGACCCCUGCCUUCGGGCCCUCUGCUCCCUUUCUGACGCCUUCUCCUUCUUAGAUAAUCAUGAUCUUAAGGUGUUCUUCGUGUCUGACCUCUUCAAGACCAAGACGACACUCUCCCUGCCUCCUUCUGCUAUCAGGAAGGACAUCCUUUCACCUGUGGACAUUAUCGACAGGAACAAUCACCACAACAUGGUGUAGGUGCUACCCACCUCCUGAGCUGUUUUUGGAAAAUGACUGCUGACAGCAAGUUUUUGCUGCUCUCCUAUCUCAUCAGACAGUAGAAUGUAGGGAAAAACUUUUUGCCCGACUUAUUCUUUAAAAGGAAAAAAAAAGUCUUACCUUGUGGCCUUCCAAAAUAGGUAGUGUUCACCUAUAUGGAAACAACAGCAAACUAACAGCAAGUGCGGGAAUCCUGGAUGUGCAGUUGGUUUAAGUGUUCAUGUUCUAGUGAACACAGGCUUGUUCUGGAACAAACACUAAGAUGAUUUGAGUAGAGCCUGCCGGUCACCUUUGUGACCUGAGGAAUCCCAGGCCUGUUGGAAAAGCUCAAAUUCACCUUGUAGCACACGACGCCAGAAAUAGCACUGAAUCAAGAAAAUAGCCUGUUGUGUCUCUCUGUCCACACCACUCGAUUCUCCACUGUGACUUUGGUUCAGGAAUCUCAUCUGUUUGUUUGUUUUUGUUUUUAAAUAUAAGAAAAGAGCAAGUUUGCUCAGUCAAGCGAUCAGAUCCUGAAUCCAAAUUCCCAGUUGUGAAGCCUUAUCACUCACUUCCUCAGCCCGUAGGCCAGCAACCACAGUCCCUCACUUUAGUGAUUAGGUGACUCUUUGUGGAUGAAUGAAUUUCACAAAUAGCACAAUUUCAGAAGAGCUCGAGGGCACAGGCCCUCCUGUGUCUUCUCUUGAUGCACCAGCCUGUGAUGCUGAAAUGUCAAUUACAGGAUGCUGAUGUUGUGUACAUCAAUCACCAGGGCACUGCCACGCUCAAGUAGUGAUGGUUAGCUUCGGUUACUGCUUUCUUCCUGGAAACCCUUGCUGGGUACCCGCCGGGAUUGCCUGGGAGCGCCCGGAGACGAGCAAAGAUGUGGUCUGCCAUCAGCUGAUGGAAAGCAGCCUUCCAUGCAAGAGAUGGAGGAGUGGAGGGGGCAGAAUGAAAAGUGAAGCAACCCUUUGGCUACUCAAAGUCUGAAUGAGCCAGAGUAGCAGACAGUCUCACAUCCCAGAGGCUGCCCUUCCAGAUAAAGGCUGGUGGGGGGGGGGGGGUCUCUGUGGGAGCCGCUCUUGCUAAGCUGUGUAAAGCACUAUUGUCUUGGGGUUGAUCUCUAGGGCAGUUCUUGGUAGGUUCUGCUGGGCAGAACACGUGGGUUAAAUCUCCGUAGAGUUUCCUCAUCCUCUCUCCGUAAGUGUCCUUCCAAGCAAGGUCCCACUCGAGGCAGCAGACAGGGACCGCUUCUACUGAACCUUUGAGGAAAGGAGGAAGGAAGAAAUGCUUUCAGAUCUCGGAUGCAAACCUUUCAAAGGGCUAAAUGUAACCACAUGGGUCAACCACAUGCACAUCCUUACAACAGAAGCCGUCCUUUCAUUUCAACUUAUAGCAAGCUAUGAUUUUUAUAUAUAAAUAUUAUAUAAAUAAUGUAUAAAA